CUUCCCCAAGUGCUGCUUCACCAUGGUCUAUUUCCAACCGCUCCCUCACAACCUCGUAUGGCUGUCUCCAUCAAACUGCUAUCAUUCUAUCGGGCACUUUUCGAACGGUCCUGUGAUGCCAUCAAUGCCUUAGCGUCGGCUCUAAAAAUGCACUACUGUCACAGAGGUUUUGUCAUGACAGACACCCGAGUA